CACUCUUGUUAUUACCGUUAAUAACGUUUAUCUCUCUCGCGUCACUCAGGUCCCCAAACAACCAACGACUGCUGCUGCUGCGCAGGAGGAGGAGGAGGAAGAGGAGGAAGAGGAGGACUGACUGCGGUCCAGACAGGUGACACCGCUGUGAUUGAAACACUGUGAAGUUUUAAACGCGGAGGAGAAGAAAACAAGAGAUGAAAACACACCAACUGACGCACAGUUAGUGCUAAUCUGAAGAUCUCCAUGGUGAUGGUGAUGGGAUUCCUUCAGGAGCGACCUAACGUCUACUAACCGUCAAAGGUAUUCUUGCCAACACAGUAUGCGACUUGAAAAAGAAAAUCUCUUCAAAAAUCAGGAUGGACACUAAAGCUGUGAUGUUUUUAAUGCCUAUUCUGAGAACUCACUAACUUUUGGAAGAUAAACUUUGCACAGUUAGAGGAUUUAUUACACAGUUGUGGUCUUUGGCGUACCGGUGCUCCAGAAGAAGUAAUGGAGACAGAAGAGAGGGAGGAUGUACCACAAAAACCCACAGCAAAUAUAAAGGCAGAGACAGUAGAUGUGCCCUCUGGCCACACCUGUGGGGUGUGCGGCCGCAGCUUCCCUCUUCUCAGCUCUCUGUCGCAGCACAUGAGAAGACACACGCGGGAGAAGCCGUACAAGUGUCCGUACUGUGAGCACAGGUCGGCUCAGAAGGGCAGUCUGAAGGCCCACAUUCGAAGCCAUAAACUGGGCCUAUUCAGCCACAACCUCAGUGACAAGGAGGGAGGUGGAGAUCAAGAGCAGAAAGAUAACACCGAGAAGCCUGAUCCUCCGGAAAUCGUCAGCACAUCUCACAAAGCUCAUAAUGUAAACGGGAAAGUGAAGAAGAAAGGAACCAAGAAAAAAGUUAAGGGUAAAGAUGGCGUUGAGGUCGGUGAUGGGGCCGAGGAUGGGUCCUGCACCUGCAGCAUCUGUGGCCAGGUGUUCCCUCAAGUACCACUCCUUAAAUCCCACAUGAAAAGGCACCGCAGCUCCCAGGAUCACGGUUGCCGGAUUUGUGGACGACGUUUCCGCCAGGCAUGGUUCCUCCAAAGUCAUAUGCGCAUUCACCGGGUCAAAGCCCAGCUAAAAGGCGUCAAAAGCAAUGAGCCGCCUGUCACCAUCAAUGAAGUUCCUCAGGAUGCAGCAUCGCUGACAAAUGAAGAGUGCCUCUAUGAGCUCUGUGCCGGCUGUGGUAACUUCUUCUUUGACCGCAAGACAUUACGAAUACAUGAAAAGCUGCAUAAACCAAACCACAGCCGCACUCAAACACAAAAUCCACCACAGGAGGACAUUGAAGCCUCUGGGCUGCACAUUGCUAAGAGGCAUUUUUUGGAAAGCCUGAACCUCACAUGUGCUGGACCAAGAGAAACUUCUGAGGAAAAGAGCCUGGGCAGGCGAAUUCCAGAGCUGGAUCCAGUUUGUAGUUACCAAGCGUGGCAGUUGGCCACAAGAGGACGCCUAGUGGAGGCCACAGAGAAAUGUCUGGGAUGGGAGGAGAGGCUCGCUGACGCUGAGGUGGCGUAUGACACAGCAAAGGGCGAGUACGUACCCAUGAAGCAGGAGAAGAAGAGGAAGCAAAUCGACACCUCCAGCUCCAACAUUAAGAAGAUGAAGGGUGAUACAUGCCUCGAUCACUCAUCAAACAGCUUGGCUCACACUAAAGGUGGCGACAAGAGGAUUUCCCAGAAAGACCGGAUUUUGUUGAACGGACUUGGUCAUGCGUUUUAUGAAGCGCUGCAGACUAAGAAAGGCAAAGAUGUUCACCUCGCACCUAAACAAACCAACAGGAGCCAAGACCAGGAGGAUAAAAAAGCAUACUUCUGCGAGCACUGUGAUUUCCACACUGUCGACGCCUCACUACUCAGGUCUCACCUGCACAGGCAGCACCAGGACUUCCUGGGUCCCUAUAGCAAACACGGCACCAUUUUGGACAACAGUAACCAGAGUGGUUCCAAGGCCUCAAGAUACAUGGACUACCUCAGAAACAGGAGUAUGUUGCUCAGUCAGCCAUACUGGAAUCCUUACACAUGUCCGACUGGCCCGGGGUCAGCAGAGUCCAACAUUAAAACAGAAAAGUCAAAUGGUACUGAGGUCAAAGGGCAGGGACAUACUGCUAAUGAUGCUGCUGGGAGUCUUCUUAAUCUGUCUUCAUUACCCAUAAGUGAAGGAGAUGGCACUGUAAAUUAUCCGGUAAAGACAGAGGGCCUGGUGAGACAUCAGUGUCCAUACUGCUCACACACUACCAACUACCCAGAAGUACUGUGGAUCCACCAGCGGGUUGCACACAGGGUGGAUAGCAGCAGUUCCAUGGCACCCAAGUGGGCACCUUGCAUUAACAGCUCCAAGAGUUUAAAGGCAGGUGCCACCCAGUGGAGACGCACAGGGCCUCCACCAUUCCUCGAAGGCAAGGACUGCCCUGCUCUACCUGCUCCAAAAACUCAGCGCACACAGCCUCCAGGUUUGACAACCCACAGCAGCAGCAGCAGCAGCACUAGCAGCAGCAGCAGCAAGCACUCAGCCCCCAAGACCCAGUCAGGCGUCCCUAAGUCCAAGCAUCAGUCUAAGGACUCACGCUCCUCAGAUGGGACGCAGUCAAGUGGGAGGAUGGGACUCCUACCUCAAAAGAAGUCUGGUGAACAUAACCGGGCAGAGAAAGGGGGAAGUAAAAGCUCCAGCACACAAGCUACUUCAUCAAGCAGUAUUGUGCACAGCAAAAGUGCCCCUAGUUUCCAGCCUACAGGAAGCCCCAAACACAGAAACCACAGAGCUGCGGUGGAAGGAAACUUCCCACAGGAGGGUUUGGGUUUCAUGUUGGCCAGAAAUCAUGUGGGGACUUCAUCCAACGCAUCUGCAGAUAGACCCCAUCCCCGCAGGCAGUCGUGUGACUCCUCUUCAGUUCCUAAGGGUCCUGAUCUGUGGGCUGCCAUGAACAUGUGGGGUCACAAAGCGUACUUAGAACCACUCCGUGGUUUUGCUCAGGUAAAGAAUGAAUCGACAGGAGAAAUGCCAAUGGACAUUGAUAUUUUGAGUCUCCUGAAAAACUACAGUCCCCACGAUCUGGCUGCUCUUUACCAGCACUGGGGGUUUAUCGAUCCCAGGAUUGAUCCACAAGCAAUGUUGCAGUUAAAUGGAAAUUUUGGAAAAGAAGUCCACUCAACCUCUGAAGCUUCCAAACAAGCCAACAGCCGCUCCACUUCCUCCUCAGGGUCUCUUCAUAAAGGAACGUGAAGAAGCUACAUCGUGUACCUGUUUGCUUCCAGCCUGCGCGAUACUGCUGAACAAAAGAGGCCUGCUGUUCUUUAAAAGGAACCAGCCAUAACUCCCUAAAGGACAGAGGAGGCACUGGAUAAUGCACAAUAUAUGCAAAGCAAUGAGGUUGACUCAUAUUUUGUAAUAUGGUUGUUUAAUUUGAAGUGUUACGCAUGCUUUUUGUUUGUUAAGAGUGUAGAUAAGUUAGUUACCAAAACACACAUGAAGGUAUGUUUUAUGGAAAUGAGGUAGAACUGUUUGAGCUUAUGAGGGGCCUACAUUUGCUAAAGGAUAAGGAGGAUAUUAUAUUGGCUAAAGGCCAACAGAUAUCUGCUGGUUUUGAUGAAAGCAAUUUAAAAAAAAAACUGAAAAUCUUAAAAACCAGGAUGCCACUAGAAACUUUCAGAAGCUGUGACCUGAACAUUUUACAUCACUUUUACCUCUCUAUACACUGUAUGUUUCAGUUUUUUUUUUUUUUUUUUAAAUAGAGCCUACAAGUUUGUAAAAUGUCAGUUUUUGGUUUUUGAUUUAGGGUUAGUACCGUAUUUGAUUGUCUCAACAUUCAGAAUAUGCAGCGCAGCACUUGAAUAUAAAUUGCUGGUCCAGCACUAUACUUGUCAUAGCAUAGUGAUGGAUGAUGGUGAUGGUUGUAAAUCAGAAGAGUCAAGGUCCAGCAAAAGUUCGCUAUAUACAGUUUACAACUAAAAAUGAACAAAGUCGUGAUCUUGCCGUAGGGCACUAUGAGGUGGUUUAAUUAGACCAGAAUCCAGGCGUUGGCACUAUUAGCUCAUCAGCCCACACAUAUUAAGAGAAACAGAGUGCACUGGUUAUCAUUCUCACUCUGAAUGUUGUGAUCUAAAAGCUCCUCAGCCCACAGUCACAAGUAGUGGACUGACUUCAACGCAAAUAACUGGCAAUAAAAAUAUUCCUCCUAAACAUUACAGUUGCUACACACAAGACUUUUUAUUACUACAAAACAUUGCCAUACAUUUGACAGAACAUGAACAUCACAGUCAAGGCAACUGGAUUUUCUUUAUGUUAAUUCACUCUUGAUCAGUAUUUACUCAAACACACCCACAUAAUUAGUGCUGAAGGGCAUCUUCAGAGUAUCAGCCACUAACUGCUCACUCCCAGUUUACAGCCGCAGAUUAUACCACUUAUUGUAAAUCAACAACAACUAGGGUAGCACUAAAUCCUUGCGUUUUCGACCGGUUUUAAAUUCAUGUCAACCAGCGGAAGUGGCGCCACGAUCGAUAUAUCAGUCAACAUAUAUUCCCGGCAAAUCCAUAGCUGCUGCCAAACCUAAGAUCCAGAAUAGACAAUCAAUUAUUCAUGUGAGAAAACCAGAGAAAUAUACCUAAAUUGGUGGCCAUCCACGUAGCCAGUCUGUCAGACACUGUUUAUGUGCCGAUUAACAAUGAAAUGUGGUGUCCUGCGUUCUAAGUUUGAAAUUGAAAUGCUAUAAUUUGCCCUUUAUUUUCUUCUAUCAGAAAGAUAGCAUAAACAUCUGCACUCAUUUCACAUUGUGCUCGUGACGUAGCAAUUUAAUGCUGUGAUUUUUAGAAGUAGAAACUGUAGCGAUAACAAUUUCUACUGACGUGGCCCUGACUUACAGUCGAGCUACUUAAAGAGGCUGCGAAAUAUUUUGUUUUUGAUUUUAUUGAAAUUCACCUCACUCUCAGAUUUGUUUUCAUGUGUUUUCUGUUUGCAGAUUUGUUUAGUAUGUUUAUAUUUUUAGUUCUGAUUCAGUGUAUUCAUCUCCCAUAGAGAAAUAGUCUAUGCAUUUUGACAAAAAGCCAUCAACUUGUGGAUUCUUGGGAGAUCUUGAGAAUACAUGAUUUAUUGUUGGAGUAUUGACUUUGAUCUGUGUGGAAAGCUGUUUUUUGAUAAAUAUUGUACAUGAUUGUUUUAUUUAAUGUUAUUUUUUGUUUGCUAAGAGUGUAAUUUUAACACUCUUAAGUACUUGAUAUUUGUAGAAACAGAAAAUGUAUAAAAAAAAAUAAAAAAAACAGUAACACACUUGAGGUCAGAGUGCAGGGUCAGUAAGGAGUGACGCUACUGCAGCAGGUAUUAUUGAGAGCCUGUGAUCUAACAGCUGUCUGUAUAGAGACAAGGGGGGUGACAGGAAACCGUGAGACAGUGGUUUUUAUGCAAGCCUGAACAUUUAUGCAAACCUAAAGCUUAAAUUUGAGCUCUCACUGGGUUAAUUUUUGUGACUAUGUAAACAUAGUUUAUGAUUAUGUUGGUAUCAGAAUUUCUAUUUUCACCAGUUCCACAUUUUGUCUGACUGUUAAAAUAUACAAAUAAAGUUGGUCAAUGUAGAUUUAUA